UCGCGGAUCACCUAAAAGGCGGCCGUGUCGUCUCUCAGUCUUCUCUCUGGCCUUUAAGGAGAGAAUACAUAUGGUUCGAUUAAAUUUGGUUACAUUCGAUAAUGUUCGGUUAAUGUUCAGUCGUUCCAUUGGCCCGUUCUGCCACGUGCAGUCGAAGUAUUCGGUUAAUUUCGGACGACCAAUCAGAUUUGUUCUCAAGAAGCCGAUGUCCAUCGUGUUUUUCCAGAUUUUCGAACGCAGCCUCGCACCUUCGCAGUAUGUGUGUCACAACAUAAAGUGUUUAUUACACGCACACCCGGAGCGGUAUUGUUUAAAGAUGGUGUUCAUACGCGAUUAUUUCGGUGUCCUCUUUCGAGUAUUUUCGAAUCAUCUUGUAAAGUUCGCGCGCAACACUGUGUAGAAAAGAAAAAAAACCAAAAUCAAAGUGGGUGUUGUUCCCUCACGAUAUUUUCUAAACAGCUAGCAAAUCUGGAUGAAAUCAGGGAGAGGAUGAUCGCCGCCUCAGAACCGGUGGAAUACAAGCCAGGUGGCCGAGAAAUAAUCUUAAAGCACCCUGGAUCCCUGAUCAGUCAGCAGCUGUCCAAUAAUCGAACGGUUGGUGGAGAAAAUGUUCUAUUAAAAAGAUUUAGCGAAGUAAAUAUAUCGGAAAAGUCUCCUAAAGAGACAUGGUUGGUACGCAAUAAUAAAUUAUGCGGGGAGGAAGAAUUGUAUUAUUCGGGAAAGGUAGCGGUUCAUUAUAAGGGCAAUCAGGCCACUCGAGUACUUAAAGCAACUUAUACAUGUGAGACGGAUAUCAGACAUGCACUUUGGUGUACAUUUCACACUGGUAUCCAAGAUCACUUGACCAAGAGUAAAGAAUAUGAAGCUGACAAAUCCAUCGAUAAAUCUAUAGAGUGUAUCUGUUUGCUUGACUCUUAUACUCUUAAGGUUUUCACAGAAAAUGGUGAAGACUAUGUUUCUGCCUUGCAAUUUCAGGUCUCUGCUGUGUGGCCAAUAAAAUAUGGGAUUAUACUCGAAAAAUCUCAAGUGCCAAUUACAGAUUCGAGAUAUGUAUCAUUUGAAAACAGCAGAUUACUAGCACAACAUGAUAAUAAUUUACCAGUGGCCUUUUCAUUAAUGCAUCCUUUAGAUGAAAUUUGCCCUCUACUUAUUAAGCAUGGAUCUGUUGUGUCGUACAUGAAUGAGUUGAGUCAACAGAUUGUAUUUACCAACUCAGGACCGUCCUUUGCGAUGGUGUAUGAUACAAAAACGGGCUUGCAUUCGGUUUACAAAAUUCGUAAGGCGUCAGUUGAGGAGUGUCAAUUGGUUUGUGGUACUAACGACACAAUGAGUUUAUUUAAUCAUUCAACAAAUAUGUCACCGUUAAAUGUCGGCAGCAAUUUAUACGCCAACAAAAGCUAUAUCAACAAGGGUCCUUCAAGUCCCUUUCUUUUAGGAGUUCCGAGCAUGCAAACAAACAACACCACCAUAAGUUUAGGAUUACCCAAUACUCCAUUUGGAUCGCGUACCACGUCUUACAGCACCAAUUCGGGCGGGCCGUCACCUUCUCAGCAACAGCAGCAUUCACGUUCGCAAAGUUCGAUGGCUGCUAUUUCUCGUUGUCAGUCGCCCACGCAUUCGAUGGCCAUGUCUCCCCUAAUUGGACCAUCUGUAAACCCAAAUGUCUAUCACAGCAGAUUACAUCAGACCGUGACCGGCUUGAAUCAAACGCAUAGUCUAGCCACUAGUUACAACAGCAUCAGAUUGAAAGAUAUUCCGACGGCGAGCAAACCUCUGUAUCCUGAAAUUUGUCUCGAACAUGUGUGGACGGAGAACAUUGGUGCGAUACCGAAAGAUACCUGCGGUCGUGCAUCCAAAGUUUUCUUGACAUCGGAUCUUGUCGGACAGAAUUAUCUGGGUUAUCUAAUUCUGAAUCGUUCGCAAUUAUGCUUGGUGAGAUUGGAGAGAACGAACAAGCAGCAGCAGAUCAUUUUUGGAAUGGCGACGAACAUCGUAGCUAAGGACGCUAUUAGUCUACCAAAUUUGCACAUGAUAGCAAUUGUAGAUCUAUCGAAUGGCAUAACGCUAUACACAGGAGUCACAUGCGUCGGCAAGUUGCACAUAUCCGGUAUGCUCUCGAAUUUUACGAGCAAUAAUUACUUUUUAUCGAACAGCAAUCUUAAACUUGAAUCUCCAUUCUUUCCGAGACGAAGCUCUCUGAUUUCUCAAAGCACGGCCUCGCAUGAAAUUAAAUUUGAAGAGGCUUUACAUUUGCUGAGCCCAGUAGGCGGUAAUUGCGCCCGUCCACCGAUACUAUUGGAAAAUUCAUUGUUAGAUACGAGCUUUCUCACUCUGAAAGAAACUGUAGGUAACGAAGUAACUGUAGAAUGUGGAAACAAACAGUAUUUCCGUAUAACAUUGCCCGUUUCCAGUACAUCACCCUUAGUUACUAAAUGUUUACACACAUUACGAAGUGUCCUUCAAAGAGAUUUGGCGAUGCAACUAUUGGUUAAAUGGUACGGCGCAAGAAAUGCCCCAGGUCCGCAAGACUUUUCACCGAUGCAAGAGUGGGAACUUUUUCUUAUAGUUCUGUUUACGUUACUGGGAUACGACGUGGAGAAACUACACCUGAUUCGGAAUAACGAGAAGGAUCAGCUUAUGGAACGUAACAGUCCUAUGAUGCUACCCAAAAAGCAGAAAACUAGCAAUUGUGGAUCUACAGAUGAUUGGUUGUACAUAUUAAAUUCAAAUGAAUACAAAAGUUCUCGAAUUUUUGCUUCGAGUGUGCUAAAGGGUCGGAAAAUAUCCAACUUGCUUUGCGCAACGUCUCGCGAGGAUACCGGAGAAUCGAGUAACGUUGGCAAAAUAAACGUACAAGCUAUUCUGUUUCCACAUUUUCCGCUUAUUCUGUUUUCUCUUCAUCUGCUAUACGAAGAAUUGAAAUUAAACAGCAUUAUAUCGGAAAGUCUGCCAUUGCUCGGGCAACUGUUGUAUCAGUUGAGCAUGGAUCUCAAAUUUGAAUUGUACGCUUAUCAUUACUUUCUUGACUCACCGUCGUUGUCCUAUCUAAAAACCAUGAGGUCUCAAAUCAGUGACUCAGAUCUGCAGAAAAUUGCAAUUCCGAGUUACAUGCCUCGAAAACCACCGGGCAUAUUUGAAACAUUAAACAGCAUGUUAGAUGGUACGCACAUAACUGUAUUCCCAUAUUUAAGCCAUGUCAACCCAAGAACGAGAAAUAUAGUAUAUUUAACAGCGCUUAUAACAAACGAAAAUCGUGUUGAUAUGGUAGAAAUGGAAAAAUAUAUUAAAUUAAUUGUACCUGCUGGAAAUCGUUUCGAUCUUCAAGAAAACAGAAGCAAAUCCGAUAAAGAGAUCCUGAAAAAAUUAGACAAACCUACCACAGAUAGAAUAAUAUUAUUAUACUACGAGAUGGAUAUGAGAAAAGAAGAUCUCGAGACACUGCCACCCGCGGUAUCUCUAAUGAUAAGAGACGUUAUGCACAGAUGUAGAGAGAGUCCACCAUCGAAUUGGCCUACGCAUGCGUACGAACUAAUAGAUCGUCAGGAUCUCGCUGUGUUGGAUAAGCAUUUGAAACCAUCGUUGAAGUUGCAAUAUCCCGACGGCGAAAUGAGAGAUUAUGGAAUAAAGGAUGAGGACGACGGCAUGGAAUUUGACAAUAUGAUAUUGAAGUUACGAUUUAGUAAGGAUCAUAGAGUUGCUGAGGUGCGAAAAUUACUUAAUUCCUCGAAGCCAAUGAGAAUAGCGAUAGUACAGAGAUCAAAUGUAAGCGAUCACGAGUUUAUAGAGGAACAGGAGAGACACUUGCUCACAUUAUGCACGAGAACAAUGGCGUUGCCCGUGGCCAGAGGCAUGUUCACCUUGAGAACUUCCACCCCGAUGAUCACGGAGCAAUUGCCUAUUCCGCGAUUAUGUCUGACCGGUAAAGCACCGCCCCGUGGAACUACGGUCGAGUUAACUCACAUCGACGUCCCACCGAACAUGAAUUUGUGGCCGCUGUUUCAUAACGGAGUAGCUGCAGGCCUGUGUAUCCAUCCAGAUGCUGCAAACAUCGACUCGACUUGGAUAGUGUAUAACAAACAGCAGCAAGGUGAAUACGGAGUGGAACAUUCAGGAUUCUUGAUGGCACUCGGUUUAAACGGACACCUGAAAAAUUUAGCUCCCCUAAGUACAUACGAGUAUCUGGCCGAUUGUCACGAGGCCACCAGCGUUGGACUUUUGCUGGGCUUGUCAGCAACACAUCGUGGUACGAUGAACGUGUCCAUGACCAAAUUACUGUCCUUACACGUGGAAACGCUCUUACCACCAACAAGUAUCGAAUUAAAUGUACAACAGAAUGUCCAAGUUGCAGCGCUAAUGGGAGUCGGCCUUGUGUAUCAAGGGACUGCGCACAGACACAUCUCGCAUGCUUUACUAUCUGAAAUUGGUAGACCACCAGGACCUGAAAUGAAGAAUUGCGUGGACCGUGAAUCGUAUUCUUUGGCAGCAGGACUUGCAUUAGGUCUGGUCAUACUCGGCUGUGGUGGCGGAACAGAUGUACCUGCGAGCAUACCUGACACUUUGCACUAUUAUAUGGUUGGAGGUCAUAUAAGACCCUUUUUAGGAGCACAAAAAGAUAAAUACAAGUCUCCCAGUUAUCAGAUACGUGAAGGUGAUUCGAUAAAUAUCGAUGUAACGAGCCCGGGAGCAACGAUAGCUUUGGGAUUAAUGUACUUUAAUACCGGAAAUCGUGCGGUAGCCGAGUGGAUGCAGCCCCCCGAAACACAAUAUCUAUUAGAGUUUGUAAGGCCGGAUUUCCUAUUGUUAAGAGUGCUCGCCAAGUCACUGAUUUUGUGGGACGACAUCGAGCCGACCAAGUCAUGGGUUUCUAGUCAUGUGCCUAAUAUUGUUUAUAAAUAUAGAUUGCAGAAGCCUACGCCAGAAGUCACGCAAAACGUGGAUUUGGAGACUAUCAAUCAGGCUUACUGCAAUAUUAUAGCAGGUGCUUGUAUGGCGCUAGGACUGAGAUAUGCAGGCACUGCCAAUAAAAACGCUUUCAAGACCUUGUACAAUUAUGCUCAGAUGUUCACGGCAUUGUCGCAUAAAACUAUCGCCGAAUUGGCUGGAAAAUCCACUGUAGAAACAUGCCUGAAUGUUGUUCUGCUUUCGACCGCGGUGGUGAUGGCGGGUACCGGCAAUUUAGACAUCAUGAGGAUAUGCAGACAUAUACGCACUCGCGUAGGACCCGCUAGUGGUGUAGUCACAUACGGUUCUCAUCUAGCGACCCAUAUGGCUCUUGGUCUUCUCUUUCUAGGCGGCGGAAGAUACACACUCUCCAACAGCCCGAAUGCAGUGGCGGCUCUUAUAAUUUCACUUUUCCCAAAGUUUCCGACUCACAGCAAUGACAAUAGAUAUCAUUUGCAAGCGUUGCGCCAUUUAUAUGUAUUGGCAGCUGAACCACGUAUUAUUUUACCAAGAGAUAUAGAUACUGGUCAAUAUUGUUAUGCAACGAUACAGUUAACGUUUGACACUGACAAAGAGGCCGACGGACAAGAGAUCACUCUACAAGCGCCCUGUCUCUUACCACAGUUAUGUAGUUUGAAGAAGAUCGAAUUGAAAGAUUCCAGAUAUUGGAAAAUUACAUUUGUAAAACAUCACAAUUGGCAGCAACUGGAAAAUAUGCUAGAAAGACAUGAUUUCUUAAGCAUCAAGCAGAGAGCUGGUUGUUUAUCAUAUCUGGAAGAUCCUCAUGGUUUUAGAAGCUUAGUGGCCCAAACUUUAACAAUGGAAAACGCAAUCGCAUGGGCAGCUCGACCAGAACAUGUCACAUCAUUUACAAACGAUAAGACCGUAUUGAAUAUAGUAACAUAUUUUUUGCAAUGGUCUAAAAAAGAAAUUAUUCACCCCGAAAGCAUUAAGUAUUCAUCUCAAAACGAUAUACAAUACAAAGUGCCAGAAUUCGAGCAGUACUUCCUUCAUAUAUUUGCAAUAAUUGUGUACGAAUGCAUUACAAAAGACAAAGUGAAUCUUAUACCAUUAUGGUUGCACAUAAUUAAAAGUAUAAAAAUUAUCGAGGAACAGCCAAACAGCUUCGCGAUAUGGCAAAUAAAACUCCUUUCAACGCAACUGUCGAGAAGCAGUUUCAUGAAUGACGAAAGUCCGUUGCUUAGCGUAGAGAGUAUGUUUGCGAUUAAACAGAAAACGGCAAUCAUCUUGGAUAAAUGGGAGCAUGAUAUGAAAUCUAUGUUUAAAGAAUAUCUUGUGAAUGGAAUGGUACAGACUGAUCCUACAUCCUUGGCUAAGAUGUGUGCAUAUUUCAUAUUCUACGAUAUACCAUAUCCAAUCGACAACAAAUCAAUCUCGAGUUCGCUUACGGCACCGCAAUGUUCUAACAUACCAAUUGUUACACUGUAUAAAUUGCGCAAGAUUUUACAAACAGUUUGAAGGUCCUUCAAGAAAGAAAAUCCUUAUAUAAUAUAUGUAUGUAAUAAAAUGU